AUACUCCUUUUCACGGGACAGUCUGCAAAUUUUAAUAACUGGAAGACAUAUUUCCAUCGCACAUUUACGUGCACAUCUGGAUUUUAACGGGAUUUAUUAUUAUGAUUGUUGAUAUGGAUUAAAUGAUCAGAUCCUGACCACAGGACGACUCGUUCAGACGCUCCUUACACAUUAGCAUUACAAUGUAUCAGACGCUACGGACGCUUGUACUAUCAAAUGCCCGGUGCUGGGAUGCCGACAGUGAGAGGUCAUAUCAGGACCUGUUUGAGAGGCUUGAUACCAAUAAAGAUGGGAAGGUAGAUGUAGCAGAAUUACGGGCGGGCCUCAAGGCGAUGGGCAUAUUCCGCCAGGGUGCUGCACAGCAAAUUGUGUCGUCUGGUGACCAAAACAAAGAUGGGAGUCUCGACUUCAAAGAGUUCACCAAAUACCUGAAAGAGCACGAGAAGAAACUGAGGUUGACAUUUAAAAGUCUGGACAGGAACAACGAUGGACGCAUUGAUUCCACAGAGAUCCAACAGUCCCUUGCAGAGUUGGGCAUGCAUAUCAGCAGUGAGGAUGCCCAGAAAAUUUUACACAGUAUGGACAUUGAUGGCACUAUGGUGGUGGACUGGAACGAGUGGAGAGAACACUUCCUGUUGUGCCCUGCUCACAACCUGGAAGAGAUCAUACGUUACUGGAAACACUCCACGGUGCUGGACAUAGGCGACAGUCUUGCCAUCCCAGAUGAAUUCACAGAAGAGGAGAAGAGCUCAGGUGGCUGGUGGAAGCAGCUUGCUGCAGGUGCAAUGGCAGGGGCUGUCUCUCGCACUGGUACUGCCCCUCUAGACAGAAUGAAAGUCUUCAUGCAGGUUCACUCUUCUAAGGUCAAUAAAAUAAGCCUGGCAGGGGGCUUCAAGCAGAUGAUUAAAGAGGGAGGCUUAACUUCACUCUGGAGGGGAAAUGGAAUCAAUGUUUUAAAGAUUGCACCUGAGACAGCAAUCAAAUUCAUGGCAUAUGAACAAUAUAAAAAAUUGUUAUCAGAAGAGGGCAAAAAGAUUGAGACACACAAGAGGUUCAUGGCAGGCUCGCUGGCUGGAGCCACAGCACAGACGGCCAUCUACCCCAUGGAGGUGUUGAAAACAAGACUGACACUACGGAAAACCGGCCAGUAUUCAGGAAUGUUUGAUUGUGCCAAGACAAUCCUGAAGAAGGAGGGCAUCAUGGCUUUCUACAAGGGCUACAUUCCAAACUUACUGGGCAUCAUUCCUUAUGCUGGGAUAGACCUUGCUGUUUACGAGACUCUGAAGAACGCCUGGUUGUCAUACCACCCCAAAGACUCAGCUAACCCGGGAGUUCUGGUGUUGGUGGGCUGCGGGACCAUCUCUAGUACUUGUGGGCAGCUGGCCAGCUAUCCACUCGCACUUGUACGCACACGGAUGCAGGCACAAGCGUCCCUAGAUGCAUCAGACCAGCCCUCCAUGAGCUCUCUGAUGAAGAAGAUUGUAGCCAAAGAUGGCUUUUUCGGACUCUACCGGGGCAUCCUGCCAAAUUUCAUGAAAGUCAUUCCUGCUGUCAGCAUUAGCUAUGUGGUUUACGAGUACAUGAAGACUGGCUUGGGAAUCUCUAAAUGAUAAUACAAGCCAUGAGAAAAAAAUAUAUGUACUGUAUUUGUCAGACUUGAGCGUUUUUGCCUGAAAUGACUCCAAAAGAAUAGAUGGACAUCAAAACUUACAGGGCAUGACUUCCACCAGCUGGCACAGGAAUUCAGCAGAUGGAAAACUGUAUGUAUCCCACUAAGGGCAGUCUGUCAGUAUACUGUAGCUAAAACAUUAUCAGUUGAGGUAAGCAUGCUUUAGAUUGUCAUUCUACUGUAAAGAAAAGCACUCCCCAUAUUUACACAUUGUCCUAAACAAUGCUUGACACAAAGACAAAACUGCACAUGGAUACAAAAGUAAAAAUGAAAAAGCGUAAAACAUGAUGGUCACAUAGUAUAUCCCUCAGUUAUUCCUUAAAACCCCCCAAAAAAUAGUUUAUUGGAGCACACUGUGCUUUUUGUUCACAAAGGAAAUAUCUUACCAGCUUAUCCCACAGAGACACAGCAAAGGUCUCUAUUAAACCCUGAAAGAGAAAAGAACAACACUAUGCCAGUUCAAUUGUGAGGAAAUUUAACACUUUUCAAAGUUGUGAACACCUGCCCUACAACCAAAUCAACUCUAUGUUUAGACAAACUGCACUCCAAUCACCAGCUGUCCACUAAAAAUAACUGGCCCUGAAAAAUCAAUACAUCUUGACA